AUGGGGAAAAUUAAAUGACAUAUCAGACAACUGUCAAUAUUAUAGAAAAACUGUACAAAUAUUUAAAUUUAUAAAAUUUAAUUAUUAUUAUUUUUUAUUCUUAUUUGUUCGUAUUCUCUUGUCUAUUAUUUUUUCUAGGAAUACAUUAUAUUAAAUUUAAUAAUAAAUAUAAAAAAAAGAAUGACAAACAAUGUGCCUGAAUCAGAUUGCACUUUUUUGCCUAAAGAAGUUAUGACUCCUAAUAAAGACUUCCCUGGAAUCUCUAAAACUGUGUUCACUCAUAUAUGUAACUUACACAGCUUUUUAAAUGAUUGGGCUAGAUUUAGAGAUAAAGGAAUAAAACUAUGCAGAGGGAUAUCGGCAUUGAAACUACAUGAAUGUACAGAUUAUUAUUAUCCACAUCAACUUAAACCAUUAACUGAAGGUCUUCUUGAAGCAUUAGAUGAGUUGAAAAAUAUUUUAGAAGGUAUUGAAAUAUUAAACAAUCAAUUGAAAGCACUAGCCAAACUCCAAAUAACUGGUCAACCAGUAAUCUUUACAUGGAGUGCAAGUGUUAUAUCCGAUAGUGUGGAAAAAAUGUUCCUCUCUUUACAAAAAGAAUAUAGGUUGAAACAAAUAAUCACAGAAAAUAUUGCACACUGCAGGGAUGAGAAGCUAAUAGAUGUCUAUAUUAGUUCCUGGGAGUUGGAGCCUUAUUUUGAAUCAAACCCCUACUUAUUUGCUGAAGUUGGUUUGAAUUGAAGAAUGUUAAAUAUAAUGUACAUAAAAAUUAAGAAUUUAUAUAUUUUAGUGUAUAUUUAUAAAAUAUACACACAAAUACAUUCUG